CCAACUUGGGCAUCUGACAGGAGCGCUUUCGCUUUGCAACGGUGAAAGCCAGACGGUCCUGGGGGUUAGGGAACGGCCGAAGCUGGAUUGUAUAAAUACGCAGCUUUGGUCCGCGGAGAAAUGGACUCAGUCUCUCUCUCAACACGCAUACCCUACAGUAUACGCAAACUAUCCCUUUAAAACUUUCUCUUACAGACUCCUGGAACAAUCACAAUGCCAGAAAAGGAGUUGAAGUACGUUGCCAGUCUCAAUGAGAACCUGGUGGAAAGCGGCACCGGUGACGUCUACAACAUCGACGCUACCCAUGAGCCAGAAAAAUUAACCGGCUGGGCUGGCUUCAAAGACUCGUUCAGGAGAUACGACACCACUGAAUUGGACCUUGAUCCAAACUUGACAGAGGUUGAAAAGACCGCAAUUCUUACCGCAAACUCUCCUCUUUCCAGGUCGUUGAAAAACAGACACUUGCAAAUGAUCGCCAUUGGCGGGGCUAUUGGUACUGGUUUAUUCGUUGGGUCUGGAUCUGCAUUACGUCAUGGUGGUCCGGCUGGUAUUCUUAUUGCUUGGAUUCUUGUGGGUAGUAUGAUUUACGCGACCGUCCAGGCUUUGGGUGAAUUGGCUGUUACUUUCCCGGUGUCUGGUGCUUUUGUUACGUACAACAUCCGUUUCCUCGAUCCUUCGUGGGGCUUUGCUAUGGCUUGGAACUAUGGUUUGCAGUGGAUGGUUGUUAUGCCCUUGGAAUUGGUUGCGGCUUCUAUUACGAUCAAGUUCUGGAACACUUCUGUUAAUUCUGCUGCAUGGGUCUCGAUUUUCUACGCCCUCAUUAUCUCGAUCAACUUUUUUGGUGUCAAGGGUUAUGGUGAAGCGGAGUUUGUUUUCUCCAUCGUCAAGGUUACCGCUGUAUGUGGUUUCAUCAUCUUGGGAAUUGUCUUGAUUUGUGGAGGUGGACCGCAUGGUGGUUAUAUUGGUGCGCAAUACUGGUACCAUCCAGGUGCCUUUGCUCACGGGUUCAAGGGUGUUUGUACUGUUUUUGUGACGGCCGCUUUUUCCUUUACCGGUACUGAAUUGGCUGGUUUGGCCGCGGCCGAAACCCGGAACCCAAGAAAGUCUUUGCCGAAGGCUACCAAGCAAGUUUUCUGGAGAAUUACCUUGUUUUACGUUAUCUCUUUGACCUUAAUCGGUUGUCUUGUGCCAUAUACCGACAAACGCUUAUUUUCGGCCUCUUCUGCUGAUGCCUCGGCGUCUCCGUUUGUCAUUGCGAUUAAGAACGGUGGUAUUAAGGGCUUGCCUUCUGUCAUGAACGUGGUUAUCAUGAUUGCUGUCUUGUCUGUUGGUAAUUCUUGUGUAUUUGCCUCCUCCAGAACUUUGGCUGCAUUAGGUGCUGCUGGCCUUGCUCCUAAGCUGUUUAAUUACAUUGACAAAAUGGGUAGACCAUUGGUCGGCAUCAUAAUCCAGUGUACCUUUGGUGCGUUGUGCUUCCUUGGUGCCUCUUCAAAGGAAGGUACGAUUUUUAACUGGUUGUUGGCUUUGACUGGUUUGUCUACGGUAUUCACGUGGGGCUCUAUUUGUCUCUGCCACAUUAGAUUCAGAUAUGCGUUGGGGAAAAAGGGCCGUGACACUGGCGAGUUGGCCUUCACAUCUCAGUGUGGCGUUAUUGGGUCCUAUUACGGUUUGAUUAUGAACCUUUUGAUUUUGGUUGCUCAAUUCUGGGUUGCACUUUUCCCAUUGGGAGGUAAGCCGAACGCAUCUGACUUCUUCUCCGCGUAUUUAGCCUUCCCGGUUAUUAUUGUCUGUUAUCUUGGCCACAAAUUUUGGACCAAAUCCUGGAAUACCAUUUACAUUAAGUGGGAAGACAUGGACAUCGAUACCGGGAGAAGAGAAUUAGAUUUGGACGUCUUGAGGCAAGAGCUUGCAGAACAAAAGGCCUAUGUCGCCUCUAGACCGUGGUGGUACAGAGUUUACAACUUCUGGUGUUAGACAGUUUCGCUCGGAGGACUUAACGUCCUCCUUUUCGUACUUUUACCUUAAGAGAAUU